CGCAGUAAAACAGAAACGUGCCGGGUUACCGAACGUCGAACACGCAGUUCUUAUGGUUUUUGCGUUUCCAAAGUCACAUGGUUAUUUUGACAAAAAUAAUAUUUUAAUUUUUUAUUUAAAACAAGUUUUAGGAUUACGUUGUCAUUUACUCUCGUGAUAAUUUUUUUAGACGUGUCGGUACUCUACAGAUAGUGUGUAAAGAACAUAAUCGAUGACCCUAUUAAACUUGAGUAAGUAUUACUGAAGAAAAAACGCCUUGUUACUUGAGUUUCGAUUAAUUGUUGUGGAAAUCAAGUAUGUUAUUUUUGCAAUCGUUUUUACAUUAAACGAUUUGUUCAACAACAUUACUAAGUUGCUGCAAUGGCAUUUUGAAAAAUGCCAGAGUAAAGCCGUUAAUCCGUCGUUACGGAUCAACUCAGGUUUUUUUUAAUGACUACUAGUAUGAGUCAAGUAAUCGUACCGUCUUCAGUGCCUUCAGUUGUCAUGUCUACAAAAAGCGCGUGCAAUAAGGAAAAUAUACGCUCAAAAAAAUAUGUGCCCACAUCUGAGGAUAUUGACGUAAACAAACAUAUCCCAUGUCAAUCUCCAGUGCCUAGUGAAGAUAAACCAAUUCAAGAACUUGAAAAAUGUGACGAAGGUAGUGAAAUCAGUAGUAAUGAUAAAAAAAAAUUUGUGGAAGCACCAUUACCAAAAACUAAUCCAUGGACAGCAAAUAUAAGUGUAGCACAUGUUCGUUCAAAAGAAUCAGCCAAAGACAAGGAUCCAAUUGUUGGAGAAAAAAGGAUCUUGCUACCGCAACAACAAACUAGUUGUGAUAUGUCAAGCAGCAAAUUCACUAAAAUUAAAAAAAACAAAGAAUUAAAUGGUAUUGAAGCUUGGCCUUCUUUAGGAACUGCUCAAGGCUCAGACAAAAAAUGUAUAUCGCAGAGUGAAAAUACUUCACCAAAUAUUCAGUCACAACUGCCAAAAGUUAAUAAUUCCUCAUCUGCUAAAGAUGCUCAUACUUCUACUAAUGAGGUAACAUCAAUUAAAAAGUCUUGUCAAAAGAUGAAUGGUGUUAAAAAAAGUGAAACAAAUAAUGACUCCCCAAAUGUUCAUGAACAAGACAAUGGUACAAAUUCUGGUCAUUCAUCAUCCAAUGAAUCAAAUAAUAUUGAUAAACGAAAAAAAGUUAAACAUUCUAAAUGGACUCCUCUUGAUAUUGAAAUAUCAAAAGAAAACAGUUAUAGAAGCAGACUUUCAAAAUAUCGUAGAGAUCGAUCUGGUGGUCGAGACAAAAGUAAUAAUCAAAUUAGAAAUAAAAAUAGCCGUAAGAUUUCUGAUUUGUCAGAUAAUACUGUUUCUGAUUCUGACAAACGUGAUGGAGGUCCUAUGCGCUAUCUACGACAUCAACGAUCUCGCAAUAGGCUUCAAGAUGAAGAACCUAGGACUAAUUCCCAAAAACCAUUAUCAGAUGGAAAAAAUGCUAGUUAUAAUUUUAAAGGAAGUGAUGUGUUAUACUCGGGUCCAUCCCGUUUGAAUUAUACCCAACCUUAUUGUGAAUUAGUUCCGUUUAUGACUUAUCCAGUGAUAAAUGAACAGACUGUGAUUAAUCUUCUUAAGCAACAAAUAUCUUACUAUUUUUCAACAGAUAAUCUUUGCAAAGAUACAUUCUUCAGGUUUCACAUGGAUGAACAGGGUUAUGUUCCUGUAACAUUUAUUGCAUCUUUUAAACGUGUAAGAGAACUUAGUCAAGAUAUUAGCCUUGUUAUGAAAGCUAUGAUUGAUAUGGAAGAAUUAGAACUUAAUGGUCACAUGGUAAGAUGCCGAACUGAUCCAACCAAAUGGCCACUUAAAGAAAUACCUCAACAAUUUUUAUUUAAAAAUAAUUUAAAUGCUCAAAAUCCAUUAUAUACUCAUCCCAUGGGACCGCCUUCUAUUGUUCCACUUAUUUCUCCCGACUUAAUGGUGAAAAAUCUACCUGCACCUCCUCCUCCUCCAAGCAUACACAUUGUUUCUGAUCCCCAAGCUGCCAUGAAUCUUAAUCCUGAUGUCCCAGAAUUCGUUCCAAGGAAUGGCCCCAUAGAAUUGAAGACUGAAGAGAACUGUGAUAGAAAUGAAAAUGACUGUGAACAAAUAAAAACAAAAGAUACUUGUUUUACCAAUAUUGAUGAACUUAUUGAAAUACCCAAUAAAUCCAAUGGUCAACAUUCUAAACUUGCUAAUUUAAAGUCUGAUACAAUUAAAGAAGAAUACAACAACAAUAAAAGUGUAUCUGUUGAAGUUUUAGACGAUAAAGAAUCGUGGAAAGAAGUUAAAAGACGCUCGAAACCUAAAAACAAUGUUGCUGUGACAUCAGAAACACAAAAUGUAGCAUCUAAUAUAUCCAAACGCAAUUUUUCUGAGAAUCAAGUUGAUAGUCAUGCAUCAAGUUCAUGGGAUCUUGGAUUUCAGUUUGAUGAAGAUCUUGCUGUUGUACCAUGUGGAAAAAUAAAUAAAUUUAAUGAAGAUCCAAUUGGUUCGGAUAGUGAUGAAUCUGAUUAUGGUGAUAAAGAUGAUUUUGAUGAUAAAGAUAUUGAUAAACUCAUGAUAAUUACACAAAAAAUGAUAAGUCGCUCUCAAAAGAUUGAAGAUCGAUCACAUGAUAGGACAACCCGUGUAAAAAUGACUCAAGAUCUAGAACACGCCAUUGACUUAGGCUUAAGAUUAUAUGAAGAAGACUUGUGGCAUACAAAUUCUACGAAUCAAACAUCAUCUUACAAAACUGUAAAUGUUGUUACGCAAGAAGUUUUUGAAAGGCUUGUACCAAAAGCUCCCAAAAAAGUCAAUCAAGUUCCUCCACCACCACCACCUUCUCUAAAUGUUGAUAAUUUAACAGAAAUAAUGGAAUCUAAUGAACAAAAAGAAAUUGAAAAUAAACAAGUUAAAACUCAUACUGCAACACAGACUAAGACUAAAGUGAAGUUUGACUUACAAAAGCCAAAUCGUCGUCACUUUUAUGGAGAUAUUGAUGAAUCUGGACAUAGAAAACGAAGUCGUUUUAAUGUGGACAGUGAACAUCAUGUAGGUUGGGUAUUGGACUCUCGUGCCCAUUCUAGACCUCGUACAACAUCGUUUGGCAGUGGAACAUUAGGCACUAGUCCUAGUCCAAGUGAAGGUUUUCUAUCCAGCACACCUCAAUCAUUGCCAACUUUCCAUCACCCUUCUCAUGCAUUACUUAUGGAAAAUAAUUUUACUCAACAAGCAUACCAUAAAUAUCAUUCACGUUGUUUAAAAGAGAGAUUUAGACUUGGGCCAGGAAUGUCUCAAGAAAUGAAUACAUUAUAUAGAUUCUGGUCAUUUUUCUUGCGGGACAAUUUUAAUAAGAACAUGUAUAAAGAGUUCCAAUCUUUGGCUGUAGAGGAUUCAAAUAAUGGUUUUAGGUAUGGGUUGGAAUGUUUGUUUCGUUACUAUAGUUAUGGUCUUGAAAGGAAAUUCCGACCAGAAUUAUACAAAGAUUUCCAAGCAGAAACUAUUAGAGAUUAUGAAAAUGGUCAACUUUAUGGUUUGGAAAAAUUUUGGGCCUUUUUGGAGUAUUACAAGUAUAGUAAAACGCUUCAAGUAGAUCCCAAAUUAAAGCAAUUUUUAAGUAAGUUUAAAACAAUUGAAGAUUUCCGGAAAGCAGAAGAGCAAUUACCUAAAAGUGAAGGUUAUUUGGAUGCAUCUAUGCGCAAAAUGGCACGCAUGAAACGUCACCGUAGUUAUUCUGAAAAUUCUACUCUUGAUACUUUGAAAAAUUCAUCAGAUGUUAUAACAAAGCCAUUAAAUAUUACUUCUAACGUUCAAUCAACUAAUGAUGAAAAUUGGCGUAAAAACUCGUUAUUACCCCGAAGAAGAUAUUUAUCUGUUGGUGAGAAAUCUGGAGACUCGAAAGGUCCUAGAAUAACAAAGGUAACAUUUGAAUUAAAUAAAAAAGGAUCGUCGACAAUUGAAGAAAACUCAACUGAGUCGCCAAAACUAAAGUAAUGUCUCUAAAUAUCAUUAAGAAAAUCAUGUUAUUUUUUUAACAUUUUUAAAAUGAAUAUAUAGUUAAAAAAAACACACAAAAAAAAAUUAAUUUUGGACA